AUGACUUCCUUUUCACUUUUUAUCAGAAUUUUCGGACUAGGCGCUCAAGGCGUGUGUUGGUGCCAUGGCAGCUUUGUAAAUAGAUCUUCCGCGUCUCUGAGAGGAAUUUUCGGAGACCCAAAUAUGAUCAUUCAGUGGUCGUACCCCUAGCUCGGUGUCGGCAGCUGUUUACCUUGACGACUGAGUUAGCGGCCGUGCACUGUCCCCCAGAGCAGGCGAGGCUAAUGCCUGGUUAGCGGUAGCCUUAUGAGACCCACUCGGCUGUGCGUGGUGGGGGUUCCGGUAACCUAAGAAGGUUUUGCAGCUGCAUCUAAUAUCUCUCAGUAAUGGAAGAAGUUGAUCGGAUUUUAAUCCACUCUCUAAGACAGGCUGGCACAGACAUUGAUGAAGAUGUCCAGAGUGUCAAGCAGUUCACCAGUGAGUUGAUCGUGGAAGCGGUGGUGCGAUGCCUACGUGUGAUCGAUCCAGGCCUGGGCAGUGGCGUGUCCACCACGCUGCCCCCUGGCAUGUCUGCCCGCUUCAGGCUGGGAAUGAGCCUGGCCCAAGCCUGCCAGGACCUGGGCUAUAAGGGUGAGAUCGGCUACCAGACAUUUCUGUACAGCAAUGAGCCAGAGAUCCGCUCUCUGCUCAUGUUCCUGGUGGAGAAGCUGCCGAGAGAGAGUGCAGAGGCCUCGGACCAGCCAGCAGGGAAGUCUGCUCUCCUGCAGAAAGCCAUCGCAGCCCAAAUUAAAGCUCAGCUGGCCUUGCCUUGGCUUCCUCCGUCCUGCAGACUGCCCCUCCACUGCAAAACGCAGAGCCCAGGUCCGUGUCAUAGUUUCCGAGCCCAGCCACUUAGUCUCCCAUACUCGUUGAAAGCUCCCAGCAAGAAACAGGCUAAAGAAGUAAAAGAGUACUGGAGGGUGCAUUUGCUGCCUGUGACGUCCCAGCCUUCCCAGCAUGCCUCAGUGCCUGCCUCUCUAUUGGAGAACCAUGUAUCUGAGCUCAGCGCCGCUCAGGAGUGGGAGAAUGAGUGGAACAGCCAAGGCCUUCUGUCCAGACUUACUCCUGAGGACUACCGUUCUAGGAAACGAGCGCGGCUGCAGAAGCGAAUCGAGGAGCAGCUGAGGACUGCUGCUCAGCCACGGCCUGAUACCCACGGCGCCACACGCUCGACCUCUGACCUCACGGAGUUGCUGAACUCCUUCGGAGGGACAGCCACAGGUGGAGACAUCCUUACCAAGGGCACACGCUUUACCCACUCUGAGAAGUUCACCUUUACACAGGAGCCUGAAAAAGCAGCCCAGCAGAUGGCAGCAGCAGCAAGUGCACUUCCCAGCUCCCACCAGUCAGAGGAGGACCUGAAGGCAAAGCAAGAGGCAGAACUCUCAGACCUGCAGCAGCAGCUGCAGCAGCUGUCGGUCCAAAUGGAGGAAGUGGGCGGAGACAUUAGACAGCUUACAGUGUCCAUUCAUCAGGUGUCAGAUGAGCUGAAACAGAGAGAGUUAAGCAAUUCAGAGAAGCAGGAUACAGUCAAGGUGAAGAAACAGACUAUUGACCUCCUACCGGAUGCCGAGAAUAACCUGGUCAAGUUACAGAGCCUGGUGGAAGGCAGUGCCAAGCGAGUGGUUCAUUUGGCUUCACAAUGGGAGAAACAUAGAGCACCACUUAUUGACGAACACCGUCGGCUCAAAGAGCUCUGCAGUAAUCGAGAGAUGGAGUCCUCCAUGAAGUUGUCUGAAAUCAAGGACCUCCACGAUAAAAUCCGGCAUUCUGCUGAGGAGGCCAAAAAGAAGGAGAGCCUGUAUAAGCAGCUGAUAACAGAGUAUGAGACUUUGCCUAAAGACGUCUCCCGCUCGGCCUACACGAUGAGAAUCCUUGAGAUCGUCAGCAACAUUAAGAAACAGAAGGAGGAAAUCACAAAGAUUUUGUCAGAUACUAAGGAGUUGCAGAAAGAGAUUAAUGGACUGACAGGAAAGCUUGACAGAACGUUUGCUGUAACAGAUGAAUUAGUUUUUAAGGAUGCCAAGAAGGAUGAAUCUGUUCGUAAAUCUUAUAAGUACCUGGCUGCCUUACAUGAGAACUGCACCCAGCUUAUUCAGACCAUUGAGGAUACAGGUACCAUCAUGAGAGAGAUCAGAGAUCUAGAGGAACAGAUUGAGACAGAGAAUGGUAAAAAGACGGUUAGUAACCUGGAGAAGAUUCUGGAAGACUAUAAAGCUAUUCGUCAGGAAAACUCCGCCCUAGCUGCCAAGAUCAGGGAUGGCUAAGUCGGCCCUGGAUGUGUUGGCUGGUACUACAAAUACUGUGAUCUGCUGUCAUGGUAAAGCCAGUGUCACUCCAUCUUCAAGCUUACAAGCCUUCCGUCAUCUCUUUCUUCAUUUUCUGAUCCACACACUGACAACAUUGCUUUGUGCUGGAGGUGUGGACACGAGACUUUUUUGUAUCAAAAUGACACCGACUUAGUUUGAUGUGAGAAUGUUAUCUGAUACUAACGCUAGUCAUCUGAACGAGAGAUUUUUUUUUGUUUUGUUUUGGGUUUUUUGGCCUUGACUGCAGUGGUUCAAGCCGGGCCAGCACUUAUGCUUUUGCCUUGUAAAAACAGCAAGUUUUGCAAUACAACAGUGACAACUUUAUUGUGUAGAUGAAAGUGCAGUUAUUGCGACUGCUGAUUUUGUGACCGUCAUAUUAAUUUGGGAGAAUAUCAGAAGUAUGGAUGAACUAUGGCUUUGUCAGGUUUUAAAUGAGAACACUUAAGAAUCUUUGCACAUGAUUGUGUUGCAAUAGGGAAGCAGUGAGCCCGAAUCAAUCCCUGUGGUUCCUGUAGAUAACUGAAGCUCAGUGUUGUCAUAUUGAUUUAAUGAGCAGUUUAUCAUUGUCUAACUUUUAUCAAGCCAAGAACAAUACGAUUAGUCUCUAUCUGACCCUUGUCAUAUACCAUGGGAAGUGAGAUGUAUAGAAGGACUGAUUUUUCCAAUCAAGUAUUAUCUUGACUUAUUGAGGUUUGUCAGAGCCAGUCUCCCUUGUUUUUUUGUUUUUUUCUGAUUGCACACAACAAAAUAGUAAUUGCCAUUCUUUUUUUUUUCUUUUUUAAUUAAAUCACCACAUGUCUUACAUCCAUGUGACUGGUCUGAACAUCUUAUUCAUCUCUCAUAUGCCACAACUAAUAUGCUGUGGCUGAACAAUUUAGCAAAAAUCAUAAACACGUGAUUUAUCACUGUUCAAAUGAAUGCUCUAACUUUUGUGUAAUGUACAGAAACUGAGACAGUGUGUCUUUUUUGAAAGGAACAGUUCAGCCAGUUUCUUUUAUACCAUGAUCAAAUGCUUGUCUCUCAUUUGAUUAAAGAGAAUGCAAAUGGAA